CCAUCACAACCUGGUCUGGAACUUUAAGACUGUGCAGUGCAUCAGUGACAUUUCUUCAACAGAGAAAACUGAAAAUGGAGAAGAUGAUCUGCGGGAUCCUGCUGCUCAUCAUCCUCAACUCAUGUGUCUGUGCAGCAACAUUUGAAGUGAAUGUGACACAGAGCUCCUAUCAGGCAGAGGAGAACCACCACAUCACACUGGAGUGGACCUUCACCACCAAACCUGACUCUUCAUACAAAUAUCUGUUCAUUGUCUGUAGCUUCUUCAUCAAACAUCAAGAGAAAGAGUUGACUCUGUAUCAUGUACAUGAAGGUGUUGAGGUGUCAGAGUCUCAGGAUGAACGGUUUUCAGGACGAGUCCAGGGAGACAAAGACGUCCUCAGAGAAGGACGAAUCAGACUCCACGUGUCCAGACUCAGGAUUAAUGACUCUGGUCUGUACCAGUGUGAAGUCACCACAGAUUAUGGCUCCAGAUCUGGUAGAUGUGAACUCAACGUCACUGCUGCUGAUCAGCCUCAGACUCAGAGACCAACGUUGAGUCCAGAACCAGAUGAUGGAAGGAGGAGGACAUAUCAUGAACUGAUAGCAUCAACAGCAGCAGCGCUACUGCUGUGUCUCUGUUUUAUAAGUUUGUUUGCUCUGGGAUUUGAAGAAAACAGAAAGAGACUAAGCAAAAUGUUGAUGUGUCGGAAACGUCUCAUCAAAACCAAAUGAACCCUG